UCACAGAACCCACCAGAUUCGCGUCUAUACCACUCAUCAUGGCCGACAAACUGCGCACGCUUCAGAACCUCGAGGCCAUGCAGGCCCGCUACGUCGGAACCGGCCACGCCGACACCACCAAGUACGAGUGGACCUCGAACAUCGUUCGCGACAGCUACGCUUCGUAUGUUGGACACCCGCCGAUGCUGUCGUACAUGGCUGUGGGCAUGGGCGAGCCCAAGGAGAAGGUUCGCGCGGCGAUGAUUGAAAAGAUGGUUCGAGGCGCGGGAAAUCCGCCGGAGACGCAAGAAUAAAGAUUCUGAUGCCAAACGACUAUGUCUUAAUUUCACGACGAGGCUACGAUCGCAUUCACUGGGGCGUACGAUAACAAUAUUUAGUCGAGAUCAAGACGAGACACACCCACAAACUAUACGCAUCAUACGUGAGCAGGCCUCGUUCUUUAUAUGUGCCGAUGGAAUAAUCUCUUGAUAAAAACAUACUGGUUGGACUUGGUGCUCCGGAAAUACUACGCGAUGCUGGUCGCAGGUAGUACCCACAAUUUCGUGAUCGUUCGACUGAUGACGACUGGGGAUGUUGGUCGAUGGGGAGAUCUUCACACUUGCGACUGGGGGAGGUAGAAGCCGCAGAGGUUGGCCUGUAUUUUAAUUGAUACUUAAUAUCUCGAAUGGGUUGGGAUUACAUGGAUCCUGUGAGUCGAUGCACAUUUGGUGCUUGGCAUCAGAAUGGAACCAGAAUUAGCAAUACAGCACAGUUAUUC